UCGCUGCGGGUGCUGCCAUCUGUGUUGUCAAUGUUGUUAGGCCUAACGUUGAGCCGUGGGCACGAUUUGUGAUAUUGAAAAGUAACUGAAAAUGCCGUUUUUAUUUAAUUUUGUCGGGAAUAAUGUUCGUUUGGGAUAUUUUUGGUGAUAUAUGGUUAUUGUAUUUCGCCGUAUCAUCAAGUUAUGUGCAUGAAUUUAGAAAGUAUGGCCAAUGUUUACAUCCAUGUCUAGGGAGGCACCAUCCAUUGAACACAGUCUGCUGUGAAAUAAGCUACCAAAUUUAUGGUUGUGAUGCUGCAGCAGUUAUCCAUGUACAUUUAGCUUUGCUAGGUCAGAAUGUCACAACGAGGCAAACGCCAACCAAAUAGAACAGAUGAUGGCCCUAUCCCUGCUAAGCGGCGCAAGUGUCGUCCGCCGACGGCGGAAGAAGAAGAGAUGACGGCCAUGGAUGCUGCUGCAGCAGGUGCUGUUUGGACCCCACGCCCUCUUAAUGACCUCAAGAUCUCUAGCAUUUACAACCGUAGCGCGACAGAGGCUCCAGCAGAGUUGUUCAGAAAGGACCUGAUCAGUGCAAUGAAGCUGCCCGAUUCAGAGCCGCUGUCACCAGAUGAGUACUGGGUGAUAACAGACCAGUGGAAACAAGAGUGGGAGCGUGGGGUGCAGGUGCCAGUCAACCCGGACUCUCUUCCCCAGCCUACUGUCACCGUGAACCAGUGCUGCAGUUCCAGGUCACAGCAGGAUUUCAAGCUGCCAAAAUCCAAAUACAUUCGUAUCACUAAGGAUGACUUCUUCACCAAUGAAGAACAUUUCCUUUCAAAUACACCUGCAAAGGCUGAGAAAGCCUGCUCUUAUGACCUGGAUGACUGUGAUGUCGCGUGGUUACAGAUCGUCAAUGGAGAACGGGCAUGCAUGGGCCUACACCCUAUCACAGAAGACCAACUGGAGUGUGUGAUCGAAGAGCUGGAGAUUCGUUGCUGGGAGAAAGUGCAGACUAUCGUGAAAACGGAGGAGGGGCUUGGUAUAGAGUAUGAUGAGAAUGUCAUCUGCGAUGUCUGUAGAUCUCCGGACUCAGAGGAAGGCAACGAGAUGGUGUUCUGCGACUCGUGCAACAUCUGUGUGCAUCAGGCAUGCUAUGGCAUCACAACUAUACCAUCGGGCUCGUGGCUAUGUCGUACGUGUGCCAUCGGCCUGCGACCUGAAUGCGUGCUCUGUCCCAACAAGGGGGGUGCCAUGAAGUGUACGCGUUCAGGCCAGAAGUGGGCUCAUGUGUCUUGUGCUCUCUGGAUCCCUGAAGUGAGCAUUGGCUGCGUGGAACGCAUGGAGCCUAUCACCAAAAUAUCCAGCAUCCCACAAAGCCGCUGGGCACUGAUCUGCGUCCUCUGUCGAGAGAGGGUGGGGGCGUGCAUCCAGUGUUCUGUGAAGACUUGCAAAACAGCGUACCACGUCACAUGUGCUUUUAAGCACGGCCUUGAGAUGAGGGCCAUAAUUGAGGAUGAGAAUGCUGACGAUGGAGUGAAACUGAGGUCGUACUGCCAGAAACAUAGUGUCACCAGCAAGAAAGAGAAAAGUGGUUCUGCGUCUGAAGAUGAGGAAUCAAAGAGAAAGAAGAGAAAGGACAUGACAUCGGAGGAGAAGAACCAGGCGCGGGCAGCCAAGCUUCAAGAGAUUGAAGCAGAGUUUGACAAACACGUGAGCAUCAAGGACAUCACGCAGCACAUGGACGUGGACGUAGAGGGGAUUCAGUACAUCUACAACUACUGGAAGCUCAAGAGAAAGGCUGCCUUCAACAAACCACUGCUGCCACCCAGGUCCGAGGACGUGGACAUCCUGUCUCAUCAGCAGGAGCAAGCAGAUCUGGAGAAGAUGAAGAUGUUUGUUCAGCUGCGGCAGGACCUCGAACGGGUUCGCAAUCUCUGCUACAUGGUGAGUCGGCGAGAGAAGCUGUCGCGAACAUUUUUCCGCAUGCGUGAACAGACUUUCCACAAGCAGGCUGUUGUCCUCAGUGAUGUGAGCUGCAAUUUGAAGGGAAAGGAGGUAGCAGCUGUCAUAGAAGCAAACCACGGCCCUUCCAUUUAUGAUCGCCUCUACUCCGAACCCAGUGCAGAAGAUCACAGUGGAGACUUUGAGCUGGUGCUUGCCCGUAUUGCAGGCAUCACCUCACCCAAACCCAGUACUGCAGAUGAGAAAAAUAAGACAGACUUAAAUGGCCUGGUGAAGUGCUCCUCUGACAAGAAGACCUCAUUGGAAAACCCAUACAAAAGACUGUACUUUAAUGGAGCAGGCAGGCGCAGGAGUAGUCUAUAUGGCAGCAUGUCUAGUGGGAGUGAGACCGACACUGCUGCUCCGUCAAGAGGGAGCAGGCGCCCCAGUUGUAAUGUCUCUGUUCGCAAGACCCCUGCUACUGUACGGCUGGGUCUGGCAGACAGUGCGGCAUCCAGCACAGAGGAGGAGGGGAAACACAGCAUCACUACCGAUUGUGUUCGAAAGAGGCCACCUUGCAAUAGGAAGAACAGUGUCAGUGGUUCAAAGGCCAUUGACAGGAAGAGAAGUAGAAAGGCAUUUAUCUCACGGACAAAAGUGGAAUCAUCGAGUGAGGAGGAAGAGAAAUCUAGCAAAAUCUUGUGGCAAUCUCCACGCAGCAGAACGCUGCGGCAAAUGGAACGGGAACUGGGCGAUAAAGUGUCGGGCAGUGAUGAUACUGAUGAUCUCAUGCUACCUGUCAAGGCCACUAACAGUGAACCAAAUAAAAUCAAUGCUAUUUAUUCUGACAGUGAUUCAGAGCUCUCUCUGAAAGGCGAUAUAUCGGGUGGUGACAGAAAUGAAAAUAAAUCUCCUUCGAAUAUUCCAAGUGAUUCUCAGCAGCACGUGCUGCGUACCAAGGCCGCAGUUAAAGAGUUCUCGGCAGGUUUUCAGACCAAGGUCGACAGGUCACCGCAGAAAAACAACGCGAAGUCCUCGAGGAGUUUUAAGAAGGAAAAAGAGCUUAAACAGGAUGACUCUAUGGAUGAUGAUUUCAUUAAAGAUAAAGAAAAUGUUAAAUCUGCUAGAAAGAAGGAGUAUGACCCCACUGACCUCAUUGUCCCUCAGAGACAGGCUGCUAAGAAAGCAACAGAAAGUAUACGGUGCUCACAAGGGAGAACUAAAGAACAGAUUCUGUUUGAGCAAGAGGCUUUCAAAAUAUCUCCCAGCAUUGAGGAGCCAAAGGCUAGACAAAAGGUGAGGCAUAAGACAAGAGACUCCAAGACUCAGAGGUCUGGCGGUGAUAUUUACGACUUUGAAAAAGAUAGUUGCGAUGCUCAGGAGAUUUUGGCGUACGUUCCUCAGAGACAAGCGGCCAAGAAGGCUGCGGCACACAUCAAAAGUGGCAUGACAAAGCCGGUUGUUGGAGAGCUGGACGCAGAAUCUGCCAGGACAAGGAAGGACCAAGUGGAAUUAAAGUCCAAAAAGGAAUCUGAGGUUUUAAAGAACAAGAAGGAGCAGGAAACUGAAAAGUCUAAGGGCGUGUCAAAAAUUUCAGACACCAAACCAAAACCAUCUUUGAAAUCUCGUGAACUUCUGUCAUCGUCUUCAACAUCUAGUUCCUCUGAUGAUUCUUCUUCCUCAAGUACAGAUAGUGACAAUGAAGUUGAGGAAAAGCUAAAGCCUAGCAGUAAGUCUUUCAAGAAGGAUGUUAAAACUGAAAGAAGCAAUGAAAAGAAGUCCUCAAUAGAGGCACUGUUCUCCACACAGAAAGAAACCAGUGAUGUUUGUGAUAAGAAAACUAAACCAGUGCAGGAAAGGAAGAAUGCUAACAAGAGUGUUGAUCAGCCAUCAGAAAAUAGUUCCUCUUCAAGUGACUCUGACACCGAUGACAAUACUGUCUGUACCAAGACACAACAAAAGAACCGUAUCAAACCACCUGAAGAGAAAAGUGAUCCCUUCUGUAGGUCCAAACCCAAGUCAUCAGAUGCUGAGGACAGAAAGGGUCCUAACUCAAAAUCGGUUGGCAAGAAAUUUAAGAAGGCGCCUGACAAGAAGCUUAAAACUUCCGACGGGCGGCCUGAACUUGAGUUUCAGCCGCCGAUUGUUGAGAGAGAUGAACCAUCACGAGCCAAAGAAAAACCUGGGAGAGGUUGGAAGCCUGAAAUCUACAAGGAACUUGGAACAGGUGAGGAAAAUAGGGUCAGAAAUGCUGACGGUCGAUCAGGAGAUCUACCUGGCCCCAAAAAUCGAGGUGAUUUCUCUCCCUGUAAUGACGUGUCAAAAAGAGAGCAAGGCCCCGCAAGCAGACGCAACCGAUCGCGUACUCCGAGAGCUGAGGAGCAGCCGAAGCGGGGCACAGAGAGAGAAUCAGAUGCAGAGAGAGGAAUCCUUAAGAAAGACCAGCUCAAACAGCAUGAGGCAAGGAAGAGAAAAUCAAAUGAGAUUGAGCAGCCUACUUCAAACCUGUGCUGUGACACUGUCAGUUUGCCCGGGAGCAGUGACUCAGCUGCAGAAGCACCACCCCAUAAAGAGAGAAUCCAGUCCAAUGAGCACGUGUCGUCUUCGACCAAGAAAACUGAGAAGAAAGUAGAUGGAGAUGGAAAGAAGUUUGGAAGAGUUCCACGGGAGACCACACCUAAUAAAGACUCAUUGGGUAGCCAGCUUGAGAGGGAAAUCAGUGAGAGGAAGGCAGAGCGAGAGACUUUGGGUAAGAAGACAUCAAAAGUGACCCUAGACAAGCUGUUCCACACAAAGCCUACAGAAAAAGAAUUAAAGUCAGGUGAUAAAGCUGGAAAACCUACAGAGAAGGAGGGAAACAGGGUGAUACAGAAACAGUCUGGAAAUACACCACUAGAGAAAGAAGGUAAGAAAGAUGCGGUUUUUAGAGACGCCGAAAAGAAGGCAACUGUCAGACAAGAAGUGCACACAAAAGAAAAGCAGAAAUCUGUUGAACCUCAUAUAAAAGCGUCAGCAUUAGAUGAAAAGUCUUUUAAAAGAAUGGUCAAAGAUAGAGAUUCAAUGGAAAAUAAUGAUGUGAAAAAGAAAAUUAAAGAUCUAGGACUGCAAAUGGAGAAAGAUGUUACAUCCAAGGCUUCAAAACAUAAUUCAGUGAUAACGUCAAGUACAGACAAAGAUGUGAAAGACACUGUGAUUAGGAAGAUCGUUGCUGGAAUGGAGGAAAGAGAAUCUGCACUGAAGAAGGACGAAAUUAAGAGGCCUUUGGGCGCGCCCGAAUCACAUAAACCGACCGAUGUGGAUGAUCUGGUGAAGGACAGUAGAAGAGGGUCGUUGGAGUCUUGCGAGGAAGACGACAAGACCAAGAGAAAACUGAAGCCCAUGCCCAGAUGUAAGAAGAAAGCUUUGGGGAUCCUGAGUGAUGCAGAUGGUAGUCAAGAUGCACAAGGAGAUGAUUCAGUGCUGAAGGUUGAAGAAGUCCACCCAGCGGUCAUCAAGCCACCUGCCGCGGAUCCUGAAGAGGUUUCUGUGGCAUCGGUAGAAGCGAGUGUGCAACCAGGUACAAAGGAAAUGGUGGCUCCUGUUCUGAUGCCUGAACUUAUACUACAGGAAAACAAGACAGCUGCAAAUGCCUCAUUCACUUUGAUGCCCCAUCUUGAAAGAGCCUGUGCUUUAGAAUUAGGCAGCGAGUUCCAGGUUCCUGAAAAAGAAACUCAUGACUCGAAGAAAAUUACAUCCCGAUCGUCAUCCGUGAAUGUUCUUCCCUAUCAACAGAGGUCCUUAUUCUCCCCUCAGCAGCCAUCUAAAGAUCCCCCUGUGUCUGAAUUGUUUGACUUUGAAAACGAUAUUCUUGCUGUUGAUGAGACAGUGAAUGAUGAUGGGUUUACCAUCGCUCGUGAUUCUGAAGAAAUUAUGCGAGCUCCACCUCUAACAUUUUCUUUCAGCAGUGAAUUCUUGUUUAAGGAAGAUUCAAAAGAGGAUAGUGCAAGGGAAACACACCUUUUGGUAGAAAAACUGAGGCUGGAAUAUGCCAAAAAGACUACAACAAAUGUGGUUCAGCCUGAAACAGCAGAAUCCUUGGGUCCAGUGCCAGAUGAUGGUACAAUACAUUUGGAUGAGAUUGGUGAUGAGAAACACGAAGUUCAGCCUCAGGUCAUGGACAUUGUUGAGGCAAAUGCUUGUGAGCCCAAGGAUGAAAAGCCCCAUGAAACAGACACUGACGUUAAGGUAGAUAUUCCUGCCAGUAUGGAUUGCUCGGUGGACAGCAAGCUGCUUGUGCCACAUGAGCCUCUGCCCGCAGAUGAACGGCUGGACAAGAGUGACGUGCCGCCAUAUGUGGGUGGGGAGCCAAAUGGCCCUUACGACUACCAUGCAUGUAGCAUGCAGCUUGAGGUUACCAAGGUGUCGAUUCCAGGGCGCGAGAAGUUGGAUCGGAGCAACAGUGCUCAAGCAGAUGAGCGCUGGGUUCCGCCAAGCAUGGAUUUUGUAUCGCAACAAACAGAGCAACAUCAUGGUUUAAUUCCCCCACAUCACUAUGAAACACUCCCACCUGCUCCUUCCCCUUACACUGACCUUCGCAAUCGAGCCAAAUGGACGGAGAGUGAGAUGAUCCCGGCUAGGCGUUCAUCAUCUUCUUCUGCUUCGUCCACCUCAUCGUCUUCUCAUCGCGAAGAACCUGACCCAACCAAACGUGAUGAUCUACACCUUCCUCCUCACACACCUACAGGUGCUGACCUUACAUCAUAUCAGGGGUUGCACCCUGGUCUUCCACCCUACCUCACUGAUGCCCCUCCAUAUCACCCCUACUCAGAAGCAUCUCCCUUUGUCAGCCCUGUUGCCCUGUUUCCUCCUCCAGCUUGUGCCCAAAUGCCAUAUCCAUCGCCUAGUGGUAUAUAUCCUCCUUUUGGUCCCCCUUUUCCUACACCUCACUCCAUAUUGGCACCGGUACCAAAACCUGAAGUGCCGCCACCUUGUGCUGCUGCCUUCACAUCAUCAUCACACAACAUGGCACUGACUGCAGCCAUGGUCUCUCCCCCACCCUCUGUAGCCACUUCAAAUCUCCUUCCUCCUACACCAUCACCUGUAAUGCACUCUGAACCCCCUCUUACUCCGGCCUCCUUUGUUCCACCACAAGAAUCCAUUCAGCAAUUGCCCAUCACAAUGUCUCCAGCAGGAAGCAACAGAGGACUUCCAGACCACAAUCACUCUUCACCACCUGCACCUGCAGACCCUACUACACCCACUUCUGUACCAAUGCCAUCACCUGCACCCCAAACAACACAUCAACCACCACCACCACCACGAACUCCUGCCCCACCUAUAUCACUUUCAGAUUCACAGACACCUAAAGCAAUGUCUAGCGGCAGUGCUGCUGGGAAAAAGUCGCCUGCAAAGCCAACACGGACCUCAGCUCGUUUCAUCUCUCAGCAAGGCAAGUCACCGGGCAAAUCACCUGGAAAGUCUCCGCGACAGCAGGAUGCGGCAACAGGUAAAGCCCUGGCCCAGAGUCGUCUGCGGGAUGCUGGCAGCAAUAAGCGUGGUAGUGGCAGUGGCAGUGGCAAGCUAGUGAAUCGUGCAAUGUACAACCAGCCACGAGCUGGGUCUCGCAGGGGCCGAGGUCGUGGCAGAGGACAGCACUUGUCACACUUUCCAGAGUCAGACUUCAAUACAAUACACAGUAAGCUGGUGGGUACAGUGUAUGAUCUGGAGUUUGAUGAUGACUCCCCAAGUGAGAGUGUGGAGAACUUGCGUGCUAUGAGGGAGAGGCGGCGCUCUACAGACAUGCAUGAGAGGAAACUAUCAGAGAGCUCAUUUCUGUCCCGUGACGCUUCUCCCUCACCCAAGUUCACCAGUCCAAUGCACCAGGUGCCCAACUCCAAGUUGCGCUCUUACAGUGCAGAUAUUCGGGAUCUGAGACCCCCUUCACCACUACCUGGUCUUCAUUUGUCUGUUGAUGAAAUUCUGCCCCUGCCAUCUCCAAUCAACAGCAUUACUUCUGACAGGAUGGAGCAGUUCCCAGAUGUGGUACAACCCCUUCUUCCUGGUCCCGUUGACAUGCGCACUUACAGUUCGUCCUAUGAGCCCACACCUACCAACAACCCCUCGGCUUACCAUAACCACUUGCUUGGAACAUCAUUUACAACCUCAACAGCUGAGCAGCAUGUUACAGACUUUGUGGAAGAUUUAGAGAAGGAGUUGCACUCAGCUCUUGCUGCCAGGAGACCACCAGAACCACAGAAAUACACUGACGAGAUCUCAAAGCAAAUUGACGAGGCUCUAGCGAGCAAUACAGCAAAUGAUGGUAUUUCGUCGAACAACAAAGUGUCACUGUCGGAUUCACGCAACCAGCUGAAGGUGAAGAUCAAGGGUCCUUUCCUUGAUGCAAAUUAUGCGGCAGCCUCGACUGUACCACCUCUGGCCCAGCAGCAACCAUUAUUGCCAGUAAUGCCUCCACUGGAUGCAGUUGCAGUCUCCAACAUCAUCCCUGCAGCCACCACAGCUGUCUCCUCAGGAGCAUCAUCUUCAGGAACAUCUAACCUGCGUCGCAUGCGCAAGAAGGAGUUGCUCCGUCAGUACUGUUCCCAGGAUAUGAAUAUGGAUGACCCAGCAGGUGGGGCUGUGACCGGACAGGCCAUGGCCCCAACUGCUGCGCCUCCUGUCAAUCGAACUGUUAUCACCAUCCCCAAGGCAGUUGCAUCUAUGACUUCAAUACCAACUCGCGAAGACUACAAGGCUGUUGUGGAUGCAAAUAUGGAAAAGAAGCGACGGAAAGAGAAGGCGUUCUCCUCGUCGCUGGCAGUUCCUCGGGAACUGAGACAUUUGGACUUGUCUUUGGAACAAGAUGACGCGUGUCCUCCUGAAAGGAGACGGAGUGUGGGGUCAACAGGCAGCAAUGCUUCCUCAACCCAUCAGCCUGACAACAUCACAACACCCCCCAUCAAGAGACGGGGCAGACCGCCCAAGUCUGCGGUGCCUGCGUCAGGGCCCAUUCUGGUUUUGGCUCCUAAACUGAAAAUCAAGAUUGGUAACAGUAUAAUUGGAGCUCCAGAAGCAGAGAGUAACAUAGAGGAGAAGAAACUGCGAGUUCGACCUCCGAAGAAGAGACUCAGCAGUGUUCAGAUGCCGACCGUGGAAGAACUGAAACGGGAGAGCAUGAAGUUCCGUCGCAUGAUCAUGGCUGAUUUUGAUGAAGCAGAAAAGAAACAGAGCAAAGUGGUAACGGGGAAACGUCGCAAGCAGAGGCAAUUUGACUCCUCACAACACGAAGUGCAGAUCAUCACGGCGGACGAGAAAGUGAGUGCGCCAAAACUCAUAAUCAGGAUCAACAAACGUAGUACAAAUAGUGUCGGCAAUGGUGGUGCAAACAAUGCAGAUGGUAGCGGAUCUGCUCCAGUACCACGAUUCAGAGAGGAUGUGGAAGGCCGGGUCGGUGCCCCUGCAUUUUCCAGUACUGGAGCAGAUCCUUCUGUCCCCCCAGAGAGUGAAAAUGAAGGCCACCCUUCCACCAACUCUAGUAUGGUCGCAGACAGUAAGGGCUCAGAACUUCUGAAUGUACGGACGUCCAAAGUGACCCCAAUUCGAUUAAAACUAGCUAGGUGCCAGGAGGGUUACGUUAUGAAAACGCAGCCGAGCCAGGACAUUGCGUCAGGCAGUGCGACACCAAACAACACUGAAGGUGGUGAUAGGACUCUGCCCACAAACAAGGGCUGUGAGGUUAGGUGAUGAACGUGGUAACCUAAUAAUUUUAUAGUGAUCUGACGAGGUUCAUCAGUCAUGUAGGGCAUCACUAAGUGAUCUCCCUUCCAACACCAGGCAUGCAUGCUCAAAGCAUGCUCAGUCUUCUACAAAGGUGACUGAAAUGUAGCUUUUAAAAUGAAUAGUGUUUUGCCAAAUGUUUUAAAUUAAAUUUAUUAUCCAGUUUCCAAUUUGUUCUCAGUUCACGUUGUUAUCUUUGAAUGAGGAUGUGUGAUGUGGUAUUUAACUCUUUUAGACUGUCCUGUAUAUAUUUGCACAGUGUAUGUAGCUUAGCGGAAAAUAAUUUAGUGUACAAAAGUCAAUUACUGGUUUAAGACAUGAAUUAAUAUUUUUGUACAUAAUGUAAGUGUUAACAAAGUGUGUGAAUAUAGUACUGUAUUUGUCAGUUUAUAUUUUAUUUAAAAGAUAUGGUUUGCAAAAUUUGUUAAUGGGGUUUGACAAGUAAAACUUCUUAAAUCAGUCAGGAAAGAAAGACUUUUAACAAAUGGCUUGUACAUUAUUCAUGGGUAAAUACAUUUUUGGCUGCUUAAAGAUCAAGUAGCUCUGUUAAUGGUUGUGAUCUUGCCACCGUAUCUUUUGAAGAAAUGUUAAACAUUAAUUUUAUCGGAUGCCUGUGUGUAUGUCGGCUUAACUGAACGAAAUCCAGAGUUGCCAUUUUGGAAACAAAAGUGUACCUGUCUGCUGAUUGAGUGGAAAUAUUUCAAAAUUCUUCUUUUAAGUAUAUAUUAUACACACACACUCAUACACAUGUACAUAUGUAUCGCAGUGGACCUCUUGCCGAUGAGGCACGUUCGUAUCUCUAAAACUGUAGUGAUGUCCCAGGAAAGUUAGAUGCUGUUGAAUGAAGUUUAACUGAGACUGAAUAUUUUAGAAAUGUUUGCAGGAUAUAUUGGUAAUGGUUAUCUGUACCUCACGUUGCAAUAAUACUUUGUUUUCUAUAUGUACAUAUAUAUGCAGUGCACUGGAAUAAGCCAGUGGCGUGACAAACAUGGUAGCACAAGCCAUUUGUUGUGUGCACGUAGUACUUUUAUAUCAUGUCAGAAACGUGUUUCACAUUUUGCGUGUUUUUUUAGGCAUUGUUCUUUCUGCUCCAUUGUUUUCUUUUAUAUUUGUAUAAAAACCUCAUGCCCCGCCUUCCCUAUGUCCACAUCCUUUAUGUAAGAAAGCAUUCUCUCUCUUUUUUCAAACUACAUUGUACAAACAUUGAUCGUUUUGUACAGAGAAUAUUUGUUUUUAAUUAUUUUUCCGAUGAUUACAAAGAAAUUCUAUGUUAUUGUAAAUAGUGUACAAGUGAUGCUGAUCCUGUAAGAUAAAGGUGUUGUAAUGUGCACAUAGAUGCAUCGUCAAAUACAAAUCUUUUUUUAGAACGAGAAUAUAAUGGUACCAUUUCUUUUUGCAUACUAUGUUUUUGACUUGCAUUCCACAGAUUCAGGUGUCUGCAGUGUUGUUGUCUGCGACUUUGUUUGACACUCUGAUGCGGAGACUGUAACAUUGCAGAUAAAUGUUCACCGUAGUUUGGAUCUUUGAGGAAAACUAUUGACACUGCUGAACUUCCCUUGUUUCAAUGGAAAGUUCUGUAUCAUGAGAAUAAUGACAGUACACAAGCAUAUUUAAUCCCUGAAAUGUUAUCAUGCUGUUAAAGGAUCUGUUAUUUCUUAGACAUAUGAAAUCACUGCCAAACAGGGGUAUCCAUGUUGAGAAUGUCUGUUCUCUGGCCAAAUCUGGCUCUGGUUGAAUAAAUUUUCUUGUAGUUUGCAGUAUCUUGCACUAGAUUCAGAAACGAAAACCCUUUCAGACUAAUGUUAUCAAUGAAUAAUUGAUAUGUAAAAGUGACAAGUUAUGAGAGUAACUUGCAUACUUUCCCUUCUGCCUGCAUACAGGAGUAAGCAGAAAUAAUGGAUGAGUAACAAGUAGUGAUCUCCUGUAUUUACUGUUUUUUUCUGGGAGUUAACCAAUGCCUUAAAAUUGUCAGAUGUGACCAGGGCAGCUAAUAAAUCUUUAAGACUGGCAAAGUUCACGUUCGGAAUUUCAGUAAUAAAUCAAUUUUUUUCAAGAA